UGCACCCCUUGCGUCACAAACCCGUGUACGAGAUCAAGGCUGGCCAGCCCUCGUGGAGCCGAUUGUCGCGAUUGGCCAGCGAGCACGUGGCUCAAUUGGCCACGCGAUCCAUCGUUCACGCCGUCAAAACCUACGGUCGCCUGGACUGUGAGCCAAGUUUGCUCCAACUCCGCACCUAUUUGCGCGAGCAGCUCUCUGCCGCCGUGGUGCGACAGGUCUUGGCCGUGUGUUUGGCCAAGGAUCGCUAUCUCUGCCAUCACAAUCAUACGGAUUGCCUGGCCUUGGAGUAUUGGCGGGUGUUCUUCGACCACCAUCAGCCCGACAUCGCCGUGGUGCACCAUGAGUUUGCCUUCCCCAAAACCACCAACUACCCCGAGAUAGUGCACAACCUGGAGAGGCUUUUGGCCCUGAUGUCGCAAGUGCCCGCUACCAGUACGUCUUUCAAACUCGAGCUGAAACAUUGCGAAAUCGGCUUCCUCCUCGAGCGACAGGUUUGGCAAUGCUUGCCGCAAUUUGCGGAGCUCCGCGUCCUCGCCCUGCCUGAGUUGGCCAGUGACAAAUUGCUCCCUGUGAUAGCCCACCAUUGUACAAAACUGGAGGUCCUGAAUCUGCGAGGUUGUCGCGGUCAGAUCACGGAUGAAGGCUUCACGGCCUUCAUCGAGACCGCUCAAUGUCGUGAGCGUCUGAGAAACCUGGACUUGUCCCGUUGCUCGCUCACGGAUCAGAUCCUGUUGCCUCUCCAACGGUUGGUGGCGCUCUCCGAGCUCAAGGUGUCCACCACCAUGUUGGAUGACAUCAGCUUCUCAUGUGACGGUCAGGCUGUCCUCCUCCAAUUGGAUACCGGCGAGACGUGGAGCCUGGGUCAAAUGGCGCUGCCCUCCGUGAGAGUGGUCCGUGUGGAGAACGACGGCAUGUUCCAAAUCAGCAUCAACAAGGUCAUGACCUACUUGCGGACCGUCUUCCCCAAGGCUGACAAUAUCCAGUUGGAGAACUGCGUGGCCUGCGAGCUCCACGUCACGCUCACCCAGUACCCGACCAAUAUUACGUUCAUGAGGGAGACCAUCCACACGUUGGAGCUGAACUCGGCCGACUACUUCAACUUCCCACGGCUGGUUUAUCCAUGUCCGAACCUGGAGAGUCUGGCCAUCGACAAACCCACCAACGACGUAUUUAACAUCGACCAACAACAUGUGCCUUUCCUGUACGGGAACACGGUGCCCUUCAUCAACCUCAAGAACCUCAAACUCUCGCGGAUUAGCCUGACCAAUCUCAGCCACUUCCUCUCCAAGUCACGCAACCUGAAGAAGUUCAAGGUCACCAAUAUUGGGCGUCGGGAGCGGCCGCGCUGGACCGACCAGCGCAUCUUGCAGAUCUUCCCGGUGGACUCGGUGCCCUUCCUCGAGUACUUUCACGUUUCCUGUCUGCCCACCGAAGGUUUCUCCACCAUUACGGACACCCACCGCUACCUCCAUCUGACCAAGGCCACCGUUCAGUAUUUGACGGAGAACUUCUCACAUCUUCUUUCGAUCGCGGGUGUCGAAUCCUGGUCCUUGAACCUGGACAGCAAUGUGGGAUCGCUGAACGCCAUGCUGAAUCACAAUAACGCCUUGGGGAAACAGUUCAACGUGAUCUCUAUUUAGCCAGGUCAAAUCAAAAGAGGGAAGAAUGGGAUAGCAACACGGAGCCUGCAUCUUUCCGAGAACGAUGCAAGAUGGGUCCCCCACAAAUGCCGCCGCUUCCCACCCUUCCGAUAGAGAGGAAAUCAAUCUGUCGUUGCAUGAAUGAGACCAACCAUCUCUCUCUCCAUUUGUCCCCUUAUAAAUAUAAAAUCGUACCAUGUUAUCAAAAGGUUUGAAUUGAGAGUGAUUGGUCAGCCAGGAUCAAGAUCUCUUGUUUCGUCCUCAACCUAAUGUGUUCUAUGGGUAGACUCCAAACCUCCGAGUAUGAAGUGCAGAAUAUUAUUUUCCCUAAUCUCAAGCAACCUAUAUUACUGAAAGAUGCCUGUAUCGCUUUCCUUGAAAUUUCAUUCAGAAAAUUACGCAACUUAUUUGAUAUGAAUUUCCCCGUGAACUUAUGACACCAAACACUCUUUAACACACGGAUUGACAUCGUCACCGACGUGUCGAUUACUUGACAUUUCCCCUUCACUUUUGGAAAUAUGAACCAAUCGCUCUCUACGAAACAGGAGCUCUACGCAUAGAUAUAUAUUUAUCGGAUGUAGUGCUGACUCAAAUUUCGUCUUAAUACCUUACAUCUUUCUUAACUAAGAGUACCCCCUCGUCACUCAUACUCUCAUGAGAAUCUGUGACCUCUAAUUGUAUAAAAACAAAUAAAUCGUGAAGGAUAACACUCA